AUACUUCCGCAACCUCUGCUCCGAUGACACCCCCAUGGUCCGUCGCGCCGCCGCUUCCAAACUGGGCGAAUUCGCCAAAGUCCUGGAGCUGGAGCACGUCAAGAGCGAGAUCAUCCCCAUGUUCUCCAACCUGGCUUCCGACGAGCAGGACUCGGUGCGGCUGCUGGCGGUGGAGGCCUGCGUGAGCAUCGCCCAGCUCCUGCCCCAGGAGGAGCUGGAGGGGUUGGUGAUGCCCACCCUGCGGCAAGCGGCCGAGGACAAGUCCUGGCGCGUCCGCUACAUGGUGGCCGAUAAAUUCACCGAG